AUGACCACAUUGCUUCCGACCGUCCAGUGGGCCCAGCGCCGCGACAAGAUUCUGCUGCGCGUGUCGAUUGCCGACGCUACAAAGGACGCCGUCACGAUCGAGCCCACCAAGGUGUCGAUCGACACGGUUGCCGGCAGCCCGAGCAAGCACUACAAGGUCGCCAUCGAGCUCUAUGGCGAGAUUGACCCCGCACAAUCGCGCUUCCACGUCGGCGGCCACGAGAUUACCAUCUUCCUCAUCCGCAAGGAGGAGGGCCCUUACUGGCCCCGCCUGCUCAAGACGGCCGGCAAGGCUCACUACCUCAAGGUCGACUUUGACAAGUGGAAGGACGAGGACGAAGCCGACGAGAACGACGACAUGGGCAUGGGCGACAUGGGCGGCAUGGGCGGCAUGGGCGGUAUGGACAUGUCCAGCCUGAUGAGCGGCAUGGGCGGCAUGGGCGGCAUGGGCGGCAUGGACAUGUCGAGCCUGAUGAGCGGCAUGGGCGGCAUGGGCGGCAUGGGCGGUGGCAUGCCUGACUUUGGCGAUGACGAGGGAGACGACGAAGGCGAGGGCGACGAAGCACCCGCUGAUUCGGCCGAGCAAGUCGAAUAA